UCAGAACCCGAAGCUGUGCAGGGGGAAUGUGUGUUGCUAUAUGCCGCUGCAGACGGAGGGGUUUGGAGGUACUGACCGAAGCGUCCUCGCGCUGCACGGAGAAGGACUCUGCUGCAGAAACGCUGCCUCCUCCAGAAAAUCCCUCAUCUCCAUGGUAACGGGCCUCGGGCAGACCCAGAAAAACAUCUGGUGAAACUCGUCCGAUCCUCUCCAACCUACCUGAAUCUGGACCAUACUGCAGAGGAGUUUUAAAAAAUCAUCAUUCUUGAAGUAUUAAUGAUGAUCUCUAAGACUUCUUGGAGUUAUUUUACAAUUUAGAGUGAGUUCACAGGAGCCAGAAGACCUAAAAUGGUGCAAAAUGUAAUAUUUGAAGACUCGAUACGUUUAUAAGGACAUGUCAUUCUCUCUAAAUGCUGCCCUGGAGGAAAAUGUAAAAGAUUGCUGUCUUUGAAGAAUAUGUCAGGGAUGUAUCCAUACACCAUUAAGGGCUCUUAAACUGGACACCAGUCCCAAACUGGUCUGAAAGGAGUCCCCAAAACCGGACCAGGAUGCACCAGCUGUUCAGCCAGGUGCUGGGGCAGCGGGAUCUGUCCAGAGCAGGGGAUCUAUUUUCUCUGGAGGACUCAGAGAUCGAGGCCGGUCUGUCUCAGGCUCUGGACCAGAUCAAGGCUAUCUCCUGCUCACAGGACUAUCUGACCAAUGACAACGACCAGGCAGUGGUGGAGAUCUGCAUCACGCGCAUCACCACGGCGAUACGGGAGACGGGUUCCAUCGAGCAGCACAGCACGGCGCUGGUGGGGCUGUGGGAGUCGUGUCUCGAGCACAACCUCACCCCGCAAGGUGAAAACACAGAGGACACGCCGCACGCCAAGAUAGCCUCUGACAUCACCAGCUGUAUCCUGCAGAACUACAGCUGUCCCUCCGUCAUGAUGCUGGCCGUCCCUGUGGCGGUGCGUUUCCUGCAGAGAGGGAACCGGGAGCUGAGCAGGAACAUGUCCAGUUAUCUGUCGCUGGCUGCCAUCGCCAAGGCUGACCUGCUGGCUGAACACACCGAGGCCAUAACGCUCAGUGUGCUGGGAGGUAACCACAUGCUGUUACGCGUGUUACCCUCAGUCUACCCCCGGCAACCAGACACCAUCCACGGUUACCUAGGCAACCUCACUGCUAUGAUGUCACAGCUGGAGUCCCCGGAGCAGCAACACCUGAUCAGGCUCAUUCAGAUUGUUGCCGAGCAACACCCUCUAAUGUUGAGCCCUCAGGUUCCCGCACUUGUCAGCUACCUUGGAGACCAGGCCCUAACAGAGUGCCUGCUGGGAGCGCUGGUGGAUGUGUCUCAGGCCAGCCCCUCCUCACUGGUCAGCUUCCUGCCAACACUGAGGAUUGUGGGACAACAGUGCCCAACUCUCCUGGGUCACGUGGCCAAAAUCCAUGGUGCCGUGGGAAUCAUCAGUGAGGCUCACGCUCACGGCUCGUUGGUGUACCUGGUGUCCUGUCUGGGCAGCAUGGACCACAGCUUUCACCACACGCUGCUGCUGGAGAUCAGAGCGCUGACAGACCGGUACCCUUCUUUACUGGGUGGCUGCGGUAAAGACAUCUACAGGAUGAGCAACUCCUUCACCGCUAUAGCUCGCCUGCUGGGGAGGAGACUGGAGGACAGCACGGCCAUGCACUGCAGGGUCGACGAGAUGUCUCCCUUUGCCUCUCUUGCAGGGGGAGGACGGGGGUCAGAGCAGCGACUGCAGCUGAAAAUCCAGGCCUUUGAGGAUAAAAUGGGGGAGGAGGUUGGAGAAGACGGGACGGAGGAGUCUCCCGCCCCACAGCGACGCUACAGCCUGAGCCAGGCCGUCAGGGAGGAGCGGAGGGAAAUGAGAUUCAACAGGUCAAAGAGCCUGGCCCUGCAUGCUGUGCGCUCGCGCUCCAUCACCUCCGACACCGGGGAGGACGCUGAGGCCCUGGAGCCGAGUCCAGACGGCAUUUUCUCCAACACAAAGGUGAAUUCACCCUCAGAAAACCAGGAAGCACCGCCUGCUGAGAGCAAACCGAGGGAUGACAGCUCGACGCUCAUCCCUGAUGUCAAAGAGGCGCAGAACUGUCAAAGCAAUGAGCAGAAGAAGGAGAAGGAGGAGGAAACUGACAGGCUCUUCAUCCACUUAAGAGACAAUAUGGAGGCGAUCAGCGAGUUCUGCAGAGACAUGGUGCAGCAGAUCCCCAUACCAGAGCAGUGUGUGAUAGAAGAUUCAAAUCGGGGAUGUGUGGCCAAGCUGUCGUUCUCCUGUUCUCUCAAGGGCCACUACUGUCUGUACGCCAAGUCCUGUUUCAACAUGACCAGCAGACAGCCUCACCUCUGGAUUCACAUCAUGCUGCUACAUCUGCAGAGUAAGUCCAGUGUCGCUCUGUGCUCCAGGGAUGAGUGUGUCCAGAAACUCGCUUCUCUUUGGGAGAAGACGCAGCUGAAAGGAGCUCACAGCUUCCCUAAGGCCAUGACGCAGCAAACCACCCCUCACAGGAAGGACCUGGACAGUCUCCAGGUUCAGCUCGACGAGGUGCGCUUCUUCGACCUGUUCGGCUACAGCGAGGAGGAGGGAGGGUGGCUCUGCUUCAUGUGCAACAACCCUGAGAAGGCCACAGUUGUGAACCAGGAGGGACAGCCGCUGAUCGAGGGGAAGCUGAAGGAGAAGCAGGUCCGCUGGAAGUUCAUCAAGCGCUGGAAAACCCGCUACUUCACCUUGGCAGGAAACCAGCUGCUAUUCCGGAGAGGCAAAUCAAAGGAUGAGCUGGAUGAUAUGCCCAUUGAGCUGAGCAAGGUGCAAAGUGUCAAGGUUGUAGCCAAGAAGCGACGUGAUCGUGGCCUGCCGCGGGCCUUCGAGAUUUUCACGGACAGUAAGACGUACGUGCUGAAAGCUCACGAUGAGAAGCACGCUGAGGAGUGGCUGCAGUGCAUCAACGUGGCCGUGGCUCAGGCCCGAGAGAGGGAGAACAGAGAGGCCACCACCUACCUGUGAGGGCCACAACAACACCAGAAACCAGUGUAUCUGUGCACACCAUUGGUAACAUGACAAACUUCUGGAAACAAACAGAGAUAAACAUUGUCUUUAUCUGUGCACAAAAAGCACCUAAAGUCCACUGCCAGUAGCAUUACUUUGGUGAAAUCUAAUAAUAUUUUUAUGCAGUAAAACUAAAUAAACCAGCAAUAAUGGACUUGGUCUGUGUCAAGUCACAAUGAAGGAUGUACCGUUACUGACUGUUACACCAUGGACUCAUCGGUGCAUCUGUGGACCAUCGUAAGUGUUAAAGCCCGGAGUUACACAUGAUCCUCACCUGACUCGAUCAUACAUGGACAUUUCUACACUCGAGACACUGCUAGGAGCUUCCCUGACCAAACUAAACCAGCAUCUGUGGACACUUGGGAUUUAUGAGUUAACUAUGCAUGAUGAUUGAGAUGUAUUUGAGGCCAGAGUAGUAUUCAGCACAACAACAAAAAAAACACACACAUUGAUAGAAGCUCACUGACGUCUUGAAGACUUGUAGCAAUAAUGAGACUGAUCAGUUUCUCUUGAUGCAGAAAGGAUGAGGAAGAGGAGCCUAAUGGAAAGCAGAUGGGAAGGGCAUUCACUACUGUGUGUGUGUGUGUGUGUGUGUGUGUGUGUGUGUGUGUGUGUGUGUGUGUGUGUGUGUGUGUGUGUGUGUGUGUGUGUGUGUGUGUGUGUGUGUGUGUGUGUGUGUGUGUGCGUGUGUGCGUGUGCGUAUGCGCGGAAUAUACAUCAUUUUUGGAAACAUACUUAUUCACUUUCUUGCCGACAUACAUGGUUACAGCCAGAAGAGUGCUUAGAUUACAUUAGCUUAGCUUAGACUAGCUUAGCUUAGCAUAAAGGCUAGAAACAGUGGGGCACAGCUGGCUUGGCUUUGUCCAAAAGUAACAAAAUCCUUGUAAAUCCAAUUACUUUUAAUGCUAUACAACACAUUUUCUUUUGUUUGUUUCAUCUGUACUCAAAACAAAGAAAAAUCUGAGUUAUGCGUGCCAUGUGUCGGAGUAUUUCAUGGCUGUGACAAAUGGUGACAACAACAAAAAUGGCCGCACAAACAGCCUAUAGUACACAUCCAAGUUCUUAAGCAUUAGAUGGAGCCACACUAGCGGUUACAAGCCUUCAUGCUAAGCUAUGCUAACAGGCUUGCUAGCUAGACAUUUACCGUACAGACGUGAUAGUGAUAUUGAUAUUGAACCAAAAAAAAAACCUGAAAUGUUAAACUCUUCCUUAUACUAUAUAUACAGUUUCUGGUGAGAUGUGGAUGUACAUAUUCAAACCGGUGUUUUAAAACAGUUUUAUGAUGUCCUUGUUCUGAUUUAUACAGUAUUUUUCAUCACUAACAAACCCCAGUCAGUAAGUAAGAGCUCUUAUUGAGUUAUUUAAACAUCUGAAAUCAUAUAAGAUUAACAUGUAGACCUGUUUUCUUUUUCUUCUCUUCUACUUAAACAAAGCCCCCUAAGAAUCAUGUUAUGGUCAUUUGGUCAUAUUCCUGUUCUUUCGCAAUCUCAAUACUGUAUGGACCGGGCUAUUUCUGGCCUUCCGAAUCAAGAACAUCUGCAAUGAUUCACACUGUGUUUUACGAGGAGCAGAAAGUGUUGCCUCAUCGCGGAGUUUAGACCGCAGAUUUCAAAGAAAACAUUGAAGUAAAUUAGUGGUUUCCUUGUGGAUUUAGAAGCUGUUCUAGUUCAGUCACAUUGAUUUGAUUUCAAUUCACCAUUCAGGUUUUAACAGCAAUGGACUGAAGGGGAUAGCGAUCUCUUUCCCCGUCUUUUUCAAAAGAAAUCCUUUGCGAAGGUCAGAGUUUUACCGCUUUGACUCAAGUUUUUCUUCCGGUUUAAGUGGACUACAGUCUCAGUUUUUACAUCUUUACAACAAAAUGACAUCCUGUAGCAAUACUACUACGUUGAGCAUCAUACUUCCCCUUUGUUACUCACUAACCAGGAUGCAGACUUUCAGUCAGUCGCUGUAAAUCUCCUGUACAUCAGAUUCAGUUUGUUAUCUAGAUCCAAAUUCGAUACCCACUUUUGUUUAAAUAUAUAAAAAGGAAAUGUUAAAAAGAUAUAUAAAAAGGUGGUCUUAAUCUUAACUUGUGUAGCAGAUAAGCACUUACUUUGUAGCUGUGAAUAUGCGGUCAUAACGCUGCCUUUCCCAGUGGGUCAGGUUACCGCUGUUUGUGCUUUUGGUCCCUUCUCCUCCUCACACAGGAGCUGAUGUGCAUCUGCUCUUAAAACAGUAUUCACAUUAUUGCCUCUUCCUUUUUUAAUUUCUGCACUCAUGUGUUGGUUUUUGGACUUAUGGCCCACUACACACAUGGCUAGGCACCACAACCUCGGAGCAACAAAUGUUUUAUAAACAUACAUUUAACAAACUUUAAGAUUGUCUGGUAUCGUGACCACAGGGAGGAAAAUGUUGCUGGUCGUGACAGAAGUAGCUCAUCAUCUCUUGGUACAGUACAGACAUUCGUGGUCCGAGUACAAUAAAUCCCUCUGACUUUUCCUGUAGCAACAUUUUUGUGUAUUACUAUUUAUCUAAACAUUACCUUCUGGUUAGCCUCUGCAUUCCCUUGUUUUUACUUCUAAAUAUAACAUUUGGGCUUGUAUAAAGAGAGCUGGAUACAGCGCUGGAGGCGGGGCAUCUUUCAUCCCUAUGAGAGUUGCUCUGUUUACGAUAAAGCCAAAAAUGAACUGACUGGAGGUACAAAAAGUACCCGGAUCAAUCGACUUUAACAGCAUUUAACAACUUGUAUUACCUAAUUGUUAAAUGAUUGGUAUGUAAGUGUUAAUCCUGGGUAGAAGAUGUAUCUGUCUCUUUCCCAGUGUAAGUCAAUAGGAUAAUUGCUUUUGGACCCAUUGACAUCAGGACUCACACAGGAAGCGUAGUACCACAGUUUGGCCACUACUUGAACACCAAGCGCACUUCCUGCCAGCAUGACUGUAGACUAUUUUAGUUUAAUCUUACUUUAGAGCUAAAGUAACUAUCGACUGUCCUAAAGCAGGCAAACAUACUGAUCAGGAUUAGCGCCUCAGGGCAACUAGCGGGUGUAUUGUCAUUCAUAAAUAUGAGUACAAAUGCAAUUUUAAACUCUUACUAUUAUCUUGCAUUUGUCUUGUGGCACACCCUGCCCAGCUGAGACAAACAAAAGUAUAUGUGCUGAGCUAUACUACACACAUACACACACACACACACACACACACACACACACACACACACACACACACACACACGUCACAUAGCGUGGUUGAUUGCAAGCAAACGUUAAAUCCAGCUUCAAGUGACGUUCCGAAAGUCCUUUACCCUCCGCUUUAAAUGUACCAUGAAGCUGACUCAACACUUUUCCGAUCCACAGGGUCGAUGUGUUGGUGUCUGGUCACAUGAAUGUCAAACUUUGGAAAUAACAAAGUGAACGCCGUCACGCUGCCAUGCGGGCCAAGUUCCCAAGCCUGCAGGGGGCACGUUAACUGCCAAAAUGUACAAAUGUUAUACUUAAUACAUGUGUAGGAAUCUGUGUACAUAGUCUAUCCAUCUAUCUAUCGGUCUGUCUGUCUGUCCGUCUGUCUGUCUGUCUAUAUGUAGUCUUGCACUGUAAAGUGUAUAUGGAUCUAUUUUAAGGCACAAUGAGAUUUAACAUUUAGAAAGCGCUGUAGUUGUAAAUGAUUUCAACAAUCACAAUGUGAAGAUUUAACGUUUCUGAAUGUAUAUCAGCCUUGUGUAAAGAAUCAUAGGAAAGUUGUUGUUUUUUAUGAGUUUUGUUAAAUGACAUUUGAUUUUUGAUAUAAGGUCAAUAUUUAUUUUUUACUAUUGUAACAUUUCAAUCAUGUCUGGAAAAUAUUACUGAAACAAUGAAUGUCUCUCCUUUCCUCUUCCAUAGUAAUUAAUACUGUAUUUUAUUGACAGUUGUUAUGGAUUGUAUAUUUGCUUGUUGCAUCUUUUGCAUGCCUGACACUGCCUUUUUUUCUGUAUACAAAACAUUUUUACCAGUGAAAUAUAUCAAGUGUAUUUCUCUGUCUUUCCCACUCGGUUUCGAUUAUUUGAAGUAAAAUAAGAUGAUUAAAUACGUUUAGGAGAGAGGUUUCCUGGAGCUUCGAAAUAAAAACAAAUUGAUUCAAACAUA